AGAGCAGCGGGGUCGGCGGGCCGCACAGGGCGAGAGGACUGUCACUGUGGACGCUCCUAGCUCACCGACCCGGGACACCGGCCUCUGGGGAGCGUCAGGCCUUCUCCUCUGGGCUCCACGGCUCCCGAUCCCGGGUGAACAGCGUUCGGGAAGGAGGGCGAUGUCUGCGGGAACCCACUGUGGUCCCCCGGGGAACCGGGCACCUCCGUUCGCGCGUCUCUGUUGCGUCUCGGCCGCGCUGGGGAUGCUGUGGUCCCCUGCGUGUCUGGCGUUCAACUUGGAUGUGGACAAGCUCACUGUGUACAGUGGCCCCGAGGGCAGCUACUUCGGCUACUCACUGGACUUCUACAUACCUGAUGCGCGCACAGCCAGUGUCUUAGUGGGGGCACCCAAAGCCAACACUAGCCAGCCGGAUAUCGUAGAAGGGGGAGCUGUCUACUACUGUCCCUGGCCCUCAGAGAGGUCUGCACAGUGCAAGCAGAUACCGUUUGACACCACCAAUUUUAUCAGUGAAUCAAAAAGCAAAGCCAUCGGAUGAGAAUGAGGAGACAGAGAAGACUGGGAGAAAAGGGAAACAGUGAUACCGCGAACACAGACCAUACUGAGUACUGAAGUAACAGGGUGCCCAGGCAAUAGAUACACAACCAUUUCUGUAUGCACUUGUUGAGUGAAUGUACCUUUGUCUCCACUCACCCCAUAGCAUGGCUGUACCUGGACAGGAUAGAAUUUAAGAAAUAUCUCCCAGAGGACAACUCCACCUUGGAGGUUAAUCUUCCAAAGUAUAAACUGCAGACAAAGAAGUCCUGCAUUCUGUGAUGCCUACUUGAACAACAUCAGGAAGAGUUAUUUUUUAAAAUUUAUAUGAUGUAGGGGAAAGUACCUUCUGCACAAAUCUGGCAAGCUGAGGUGAACUCCUGGGAUCCACAAAAAUGUGGAAGGAGAGAAUCACCUCCACUAAACUGUUCUCUGACCUCCAUAUGUACCGUAGCUUACACACACCCAUGUGCAGAGGCACACAUGAACAAAAUCUAUGUAAAAAAUUUUAAUUGAAUCAAUUGUUUCCUUAGAUGAAUGGUUGCUGUUAUUUUUACUUCAUCAUCUUCAGACAAAGAAGAUAAAAUUCUAAGGAAUAUUCAACCAAGCAAUAGGAUGGUAGCUCAAAUAUAUUCUCAAAUGUUACCAAGAAAAGCUAGUUUACACAGCCCAUAUUCUGAAACCCAAUUGGAUACUGUAUUUAAAGCAGUCCUCUGAGGUCAUAUUGAAGACAUUGUAAUGACCUUCCUGAGAUUUCUUUUCGUUAGUUUAUGAAAAGAAAUGAUUAGGUACUAAACAGAAACGUGCUGUGCCUUUGAGAAAUAAUACUGAUACAUAAGCCACAUUGGAAGCUCCUAGGGUUUUAAAUCUGGUCCUACCCCUAAGGCAUGUGAUCAAGAAUUCCUUGAGAGGAAGAUAAUUCUAAGAGAAAGAGAAAAUCUAGAAGAGGAGUUUGAGGGAGAAUGAAUAUUAAAAAACUCAAGGAGCUAAACUAAAGUCACAUUGGUUAGAAAUGACAAGAAUGAUCCUGUCAAGAUGGCAGACUCUUUAUGGAUAGCUCUUUUGGUGGAGAAACAUGUCUGCCACUGGGGUAGAGAAGGGACUUGAAGAUGGCAAGCUUGAGUCAGAGCAGCCAUGUUAGCAACUGAAGCUGAAGAGCACAGUAGCUGCCAUGAGGGAUGAUGCCUGAGAGGCAGAAAGACAUUCGAUGACUUGAGAUUUGAGAGAGAUUAAGAGAACCAACCAGCAGAAGGUGAUGAAGGAAUGGAGUUGUGGACCAUGAGGUUAAUGGUUUUUGAGGAUGUAGUCCAGGCUCCUGACUUGGUUAAUGAGGUUGCCUCGUAUCACAGAAAACUAAUGGAUAAAACAGACAUGACAGUCUGUCCAUGCAACAUUUAAGUCCUAUGAAAAACCAGUGAAUUGAAGUUUUAUUCCAAGGUGUCCUAGUAGAAGAAAAUGAAAAAGAAUUUAGGGAUGCAGAAAGACUUCAUAUUUGAUUGAAAGAUGAGCAUUUUCUAAGUCAAGGAAAGCUUACAUCAGAGGAAAGGAUUUAGAAAGACAUCUGAAGAGUGGUGUGUGUGUGUGUGUGUGUGUGUGUUUGUGUGUGUGUGUUUGUGUGUGCACAUACAUGUGCAUAGGUAAGAGAGAAAACUAUCCCAGCCAAUGUGACUAUAGCAAAGUGAUUUGUAGAAGCUGAGGUUAAAUUGAUGGUUUUUAUCAGUGCAGACCAAACCACAGUCAAGUCUGCCUCUCAGCCUAUGUGCCAAUGAUCUACAGGUGGCGUGUGAUUUCCCCUGGGGAGCUCAUGGGUUUGUUUCUUUAUUUCUAAUUUCUCACUUCUCAUGCUGUACCUUAUAAAACAGCAGAAUUCCCACCCUCCAAAAUUGCUCACACUGUCUUAACAAAAGUCCAUAUGUAUUUGCAGAACAAAUUUUACAUAAAACUUUAGUUAAGUUACAUAUGAAAAACAUUUCAAAUAUUAUUAUAUGAUGUAGAAAAUGCAUUCAUUUUUAUUGCUAAACAAAACUCUAAAUAGCGCUGGUUAGCUACUAUGGUUAUUCAAAACAUGAAGCUGGGAAUGUGUUCUCUAUUCUUUGGGAGAUAAUUUCGAUAUGGAAAUAAUUAUAGAAAAAUCAUGUUCUCAUCCAGAGCAGGAAAAUAUAUAAUAGAAAUUAUUGUAAUAUAAUCUUUAUGAUUGCUUUCCCAAACCCAUACAUAUGAAAAUUAUUAUUUAAACUCUAAAAGCACAAAUUUGUCUCAUUUAAGCAUCUUAAUAUUUGGUUAUGUAUGGAGAAAAACACUGAAAUUGUGGUUUUGACAAAUGAACUGAAAAGUUUCACAAUUUUCAGAAUGGCAUAAUUAAUUUUUUCUGUUCUUAUAUUGUGAAUGGCUGAAUGAGCUUACCAUGAAGAGCAGAAAGAACAUCCAGGAAACUGGAGUGUAAUGCCCUUUCUGCUGCCAUGUCAUAGAACUCGACAUUGUACUGGCUGGUUUUGUGUGUCAACUUGACACAGGUUGGUGUUAUCAUAGAGAAAGGGGCUUCAUUUGGGGAAGUGUUUCCAUGAGAUCCAGCUGUAAGGCAUUUUCUCAGGUGGUGAUCAAGCAGGGAGGGUCCAUUGUGGGUGGUACCAUCCCUGGGCUGGUAGUCUUGGGUUCUAUAAGAGAGCAAACUAAGCAAGCCAGGGGAAGCAAGCCAGUAUGUAACAUCCCUCCAUGGCCUCUGCACCAGCUCCUGCUUUCUGACCUGCUUGAGUUGCAGUGCUGACCUCCCUUGGUGAUGAACAGCAAUGCGGAAGUGUAAGCUGAAUAAAUCCUUUCCUCCCUGACUUGCUUUUUGGUCAUGAUGUUUUGUCCAGGAAUAGAAACCUUGACUAAGACAGACAUUAAACUACCUUUUCAGCUUUUUUAAGUUAACAUUUUAUUGAUUAUUUGCAAAUUUCACAUCAUGCACUUAUCCCACUUGGCUCCCCAUCCCUUCAUAUCCAACCUUGCAACCUCUCCCCAAAAAGGAAAAGAAAUCUCAUUGUGGAAUCUGUAAUGUGUGACAGUGUGUCCCACAGUGUACCCUUUUGUCCAUACUUCUUUGCUUGCAAAUCUUCAUUAAUCUGGUUCAAGGCCUCUGGCUCCUGCUACACCAUCAAUACUGGAUCCUCAGUAGGACUUCCCUCAGAUAUCAUGUUUUUGACUUGUGUCAUGGAGGUCCUGCAGUUUGGGAUAUGUAGGAAAAGCCUCUUCACAAAUUCUAGCAGUUCAUAGAUAGGGUAGAUGUUGGGGUGGACCAACUUAAAGCCCCGGAUCUGGACCUGGGUCGUAGCUGGGCUGGUCAGCCUGCCAGAUCUCCCAUACCCACAUCAUCAGGGUGAGGCUCUCCAGCCAGUGCCCUCAAGCUAGCUCACCCAAUGAGGUACCCACUAGUGGGAAGGGUCAGCUCUCCUCUCAAGCCCUUGGGUGGCUCACCUAAGCCCACUCCAGCAGGGUUGGCUCUAUUGUGUUGCCAAGGCAAGGUACAAGGCCCACUCUCCUGAGUGCUGCAGCUGUUGAGGGGCAGGGCCAACUUUCCAGCUCUCAUGACCUCAAGGUCAGCUCUCCUGCCUGCUGUAUGUAAGUGGUAAGGGGCAAGGAAGGAAUACGAAGAUACAGAGAAAGAAAGAGAGAGAGAAAGGGAGAGAGAGAGAAGAGAGAAGAGAGAAGAGAGAAGAGAGAAGAGAGAAGAGAGAAGAGAGAAGAGAGAAGAGAGAAGAGAGAAGAGAGAAGAGAGAAGAGAGAAGAGAGAAGAGAGAGAGGGGAAGGAAGGAAGGAAGAAAGAAGAGAGAGAGAGAAAGAGAGAGAGGAAGGAAGAAAGAAAAGAAGCACAUGGCCCAUCCUUGUCACAAAAGAACCAAGAAAGUAUCUUUCUUGUCAUUGAUAUAACUCUAAGAUGACAAAUUGUCUUUUAACCAUGUAUAAAGCAUUUUCCCAGGUCUUCCAUUUUCCCCAGAAUAUAGAAUAACCCAACUGGCAAAUAACAGUGAAAAUACUUGAAGCCAUUGUUAACAGCAUCACUUAGCUCCCAUUACCAAGAUCCACAGAGAAGGAAGCUUCUUGCAAAACACUUCAUUGUUUGAAAUUUUUAAAAUAACCUACAGAUUUUCAACUUAAAAAGAGGAUUUAUGGCCUUUUAUAUUCAUUUGGUGUUGGCAUAGAACGCAGAGGCUUCUUCAUACCAGGAAAGCACUCUAAUGACAAAAUCCAUAACCAGCCCUUUUGUUGUUUGUUAUUUUGGGACAGGGUCUCACUAAUUGGCUUAGGUUAGCCCCAAACCUGUAAUGCUCCUGCCUUUGUCACCCAAGUGCAAGGAUUGCAGGCAUGAGCCAUCCUAUCCUCCACUUACAAACAGGUUUUAAGAAAAUUACUUAGAGAAGUUGGAAAUAAGAAAGGAUCAUGGUGUGUGUGUGUAUGUGUGUGUGUGUGUGUGUGUGUGUGUGUGUGUGUGUAUGUAACUCAGUGGGGAAUAGGAGAAAGCUACCAGACUAGAAAGGAAGCCUCACACAUGGAGAUCAGACAGAGCCUAUGUCUUCUGAUGUGAAGAGCAAGACAUGGGGACCCAAUCUGUUAGGCAAAGGUAAGCAUUUCAUUUGCACUACAUGUGUGUUUGCAUAUUCAUGUACGUAUCUACUGACAUAGAGUAUACAUAUAUGAGGUAAGCCACCAAUUUGAGUUAGCAGAUUAUCCAGUCAGAACAAAACAUCUCUUGAACAUCUGAGGCAGAAAUGAGUCAGUGAAAUUUAUUGAAACACCAGAUCUCUCAACAGCCAAGAGUGGAGCCCCAGAGCUUUCUUUAUCAUCUUUCAAUGGGGGGAUUGAGAGUAAUCCAUUUGGAACUUAAAUUUUCUCUGACAUAAAACCAAACUCACACUCUUUUCUUAGGUUUGUUUCUUUUAGAUAAGGGAUUAUCUAACAACGUCAUUUUAUCUUGACCUUUAUGUAUGAAUCUUCUUUAUUCUCACAAGCAUAGCUUCAACUUAAAGGCAAAAGCACAUUUGAUAAUGAUCAAGAUUUAAACAUUUCAAGAUUUCUUUCCCCCUUUUCUUGAUCAAAACUGUCUGGACAGUUCCCACAACAGCUUGAAGAAAGUCCCUGAGGCGACAGGCUUGGAAGUGAUGACCGAAAGCUAGAGCCAAACUUACUGCUUUUCCAGAAUGAGGUCGAGAGUUUUAUAAAUAGUUUCCCAAAAUUGUUCCAUCUGCCAAAGUGUUUGGCCACACCUGUGUGGUCUCAGCCUUUCCCACCCCUCUGCUGUUGAUUUAGCUUCACUCCAUCAAUCCUUCUCAUUUCACUAAACAGAUUAGAGAACUCUGCCCUUGCUCAUGUGUGCACCACCUUCUAUAGCACCACACCCCACUCCUGUUCUGAAACAUGCAUUCCCCCAAGUAAAAAGACCUAAAGCUGGUGGGCUUACCACCCACUGGGAUCUAUACCCAGGCUGCCCAGAUAUACAGUUUAAGGGGGAUUAUUCACAGCCCAGAAAGUAGAACAGGCUGUUUGCUGACAGAAAUCUGUAUUUCUCAGCUUGGCUCCCUGUCUUUUCAGGGUAUCUUCAGGUUUGUCUACACUCCCAAAUUACAGAAAUAAAUUAAAAGGAAAUGCAAAGGGUGAACCUCUCUGUCUCUCAUCCUAUUUACCUCUCUCCCUUCUUCCUUCCUUGCUUCGCUUCUUUCCUCUCCAACAUGCACAUACUUACUUUUUCAACAACAAUAAAUUGAACUGAAUAAUUUAUUCUGGGAAACUUCUGAAUAAAUGCAUGGAAACUGAAUUAUUCAAUCAAUAAAUACUUAUGGACAA